GUAAUUUUGCAGGUGCGCCUAGCAAUCCCCUAACCUCCGUAGUGUGUGUGACACCUGCUUUUCUCACCGUUAUUAGAAAUUCAUACGGAGUAUUUGUUCUACAUCCAUUUGAACGAUCCAUUGAUGGAAAUGCAAUCCUUUAUCUCGAGAUGGGACAGGCAAACGCGGCGGCUCCGCCUCGAGAGGCGCAGUGCUCUCUUAUCGCUAACCAGGAUCUUUACUCCUAAACUUAGAGGCCUCGCUUCUAGGAAGCGGAUAUUUCGUUAUCUUCUUAUUAGCAUCGCCUUCAUAGCAAUUAUCCCGCCCCUCUUCUUUCACUUCAAACUCCGUCGCUUCAUUCAGGUGCAAGAACAGAAAUGCAGUUGGUUGAGAAAUCCUCCUUUGGUCUGUGCUCAUGGCGGGGAUUCUUCAAUGGCUUUUCCAAACACAAUAACUGCAUACAAGACUGCUCUACACUCUCAGGUGGACUGUAUUGAAGUUGAUGUUUCUCGUUCAUCUGAUGGAGUUCUGUUUGCUCUUCAUGACAGGCAGGGAUUUGCAGCAAAUAUCUGGGAAUGACACAUUCAAGGCUGGGUACUUAAGCUCAAGAGAGAUUAAAGAGCUUGUACCAAGUUUUGAGCUUCAACAGAAGUAUCAUGAUCUUGGAGUUCCUACAAUUGAAGAUAUAUUGAUGUUUAUAUCAGGUUCAGUACGGGAAGUAAUUCUAGAUGUAAAAGUUGGCCCUCCUUUAUACGAAAAAGGACUUGCUGGCAAUGUUGUUUCUUCUUAUACAAAGUUAGGGUGCAAGAAUUGUGUUGUAUGGGCCAAAAGUGACAAUAUUCCAAGAGAUGUGCUUAGACUUGCACCAGAUGCCACGAUAAAUUCAGGGCCUACUAAGUGUACCAAUGAUGGUGCUUUGGUGGCCGGAAUACUGAGUGAACAGGUAGGUUACAUUGUCAUGAUGGACCCUUCAACAGGAACUAGAACACAAUUACUGAGGAUGAGAGGUGCGUGGGUGGUCGGCGACUACCAUCCUUUAAUUGAUGAGAAGCUUGUUAAAGUCCUGCAUGCGAGAAACAAAAAGGUGUAUGCAUGGACAGUUGACAAUGAAGAGUCGAUGAAGAAAAUGUUAAUUGAACGUGUGGAUGCUAUCAUCACUAGCAACCCAUCUGUACUGAAGCGUGUCAUGCAAGAUGCAAAAACACAAUGCCUUGAAGACGGUUUUUCAUUGUCUGCAUGACAACACAUCCGGAAUUAGAAGCUCCAUUGUUGCAGUACACGUUAUCAGCUAUUUCAUUCUUUACUUAUUGAUGUUGCUCACCUCUGUAAUAUCUGGAUCUAUUUAUGACAAGAUAUUGUACGUGAAGUAAUAUUGAUGGCACUAUGGCAGUACACAAUUUCAUGCUCAUUGUUACACUCUGCGAGCUGCUGCCGUGCCCUCUUUAGGGAUAUACUUCAAAAAAUAUUUAUUUUGUUACCUGUCUUUCUAGAUUCUGAGGCAAUGACUUGAGGUAUGUAGUGCAACAUGUAAUGGAGCCAUGGAGGCAAGGAACGGAGUAAUAGAAUUAUAUUGACUAUGCAUACAUGUGUUAUUAUGAAGAUUGGGACAUCGUUCUGCACUAUGGUGGUUGGUAAAGUACAGUUCCAUAAUUGUUCUGCACUAUCAAUUCGCUUCCUUAAAAAAAAACUAGCUACCAUCAGUUCCAUAAUUGUCCAUGAAGAGAUUCACUUGCUGCAGGGGAGUCAUCAGUUUCUACAUUUGUUCAAACUGAACUCUGUCAGGUCUUGACAUCCCACUGUUCAUCCAACUGGUGAAGGAGAAGUUGGAAGCGAAUUGAUAGUGCAGAAUAUGGAACUGUACUUUACCAAUUCGCUUCCAUAAUUGUUCUGCACUAUAACAGUUCCAUGUAGUGUUUUUCUUUUCUAUCAAUUCGCUUCCUUGUUUCUACACGUACAUUCUACACGUUUUGCAUACGCUCCCUAGUUGUUUGCACAAUUUGCAUACGCUCCUUAGUUGUUUAUGUACAUAGAUGAUAUAUCUAGAAAAUGACCUUUUAAUGAAUAUUACUAAAAUAAAUUCAAAA